GCUGCCUCGCUGCAUCAGGACCCGCGGAAGUUUGUACAGAGAGAAUCGGCGUACUGUCAGUUAUAUUUUAAAAAUACUCGUCCGUUUUUCAGCACAAACUCUGUCGUUCAGCGUUUAGCCUCGUGAACGACAACGAAAAACAAAGAGACAAUGAAGUUUAAAAGGACGAAUUCUGCGUCUAGAAAAACAAAGCUCGCAUGAAGCGCUAGCACCUGACAGCUAAUAGUAUUGUGUAGCUCGUUGUUAAUUCAGUUUAAUUUUUUAUCGGUCGCCAACUUGAUAAACAGCAUCGGAAAGGAGUAAAAAACGAUUUGAGCUGCAGUUUAGCAGCUGUUCUGUUUUUAUGCUUUAGUUAGUGUCAGAAGUGUUUUAUAUUGACAGUUGUGAUUUUUGUUUUGAUUAGCAUGCUAAGCUAGUCGCAGCGCGAGCUGGCGUUCAUAAUUCUGGAUUUAACAGUUACUUCAAAUCAACAUCAUCCUUCAUACAUCAUUCGUGUAGUGUCUUUUACUGUCAUCUUCACACGACGAGGGCUGUAACACAACAGCGGUUCAUCAUGCUGGGAGAGUGUGGCAUGAAAGAAUGGGAGAGACUAGCACUCAGAAAGAACUCAGUCACGAUGCUGCAGGAUUUAGUGGUGGAUGAUCUUCUGAUCCAGUGUCUGCAACAAGAUGGAAUCCUCACAGAAAACAUGGCAGAGAGCAUAAUGGCUAAAUCGACGUCCCAGGGCAAGAGUCGCCAUUUGUUGUUUCUUUUGCCCAAACGUGGCCCUCGGGCAUUUAGCAGCUUCUGUGCUGCUCUUACGGCGACAGAGCAACAGCACCUCUGCAGACUGCUUAUGGACUUCACUGAGAAAGACGAAAGUUUUUCAGAGCCCCCACUAUCUCUCCCAACUCAGGAAUGUGUGAUACCUGCAAAAAGAGCCAGGACUUAUGAGUCCAUGGAGAUGCGUUUAGAUGCUGACUGUCCCGUGACCACAGCGGUACUUCCCUGCACACCGGAAUUUUACCAGUCCCACAGAUCACAGGCUUACCCAAUGCGCUCCUGCCCACGAGGAUUGGCCCUGGUGCUGAGUAAUGUGAGGUUUGACUCUGCAAACACUGAUUUGGACAUCCGGAGGGGGGGAGAGGUGGAUGAGGAGACGCUGAGGAGACUUUUCACGGAGAUGGAUUUCACAGUCAGCCUGUGCAAAGACCUAACAGCAGAGGCAAUGCGCGGGUGCCUUGAACAGUUUGCCCAGCGGCAGGAUCAUGCAGAGUAUGACUGCGCUGUUGUGUGUUUACUGUCUCAUGGUGUUGAGGGAUCUAUUUACGGGACAGACGGACAGCUAGUGGAGUUGGACUGGGUGUUUGAGGUUUUUGAUAACGCCCGCUGCCCUCUGCUCCAGAAUAAGCCAAAGAUGUUCUUCAUUCAGGCUUGUCGAGGAGAGGAGAUGGACAACGGCGUGGACCAGUUGGAUGGCCAGGAGCGGACUCAGUCUCCAGGCUGUGAACAGAGGGAUGCUGGGAGAGAGGAGGAGAGAGACAACAAAGUGAGGAUGGAGAAAGAAAGGGAGAGUCUGAGAGUCAAACUACCCCAGAGAUCUGAUAUGAUCUGCGGCUUCGCCACCCUUAAAGGUUUCAGCACUGCUGCGAUGAGAAACACCAAGAAAGGGUCCUGGUUUAUUCAGGAGCUGAACACAGCCUUCAGACAGAGAGCCAAUAACACACACCUGUCAGACAUGCUUGUGCAGGUGAACGGUCGAAUUAAAAGCAGAGAGGGAUACGCACCCGGUACAGCCCAUCAUCGCUGUAAAGAGAUGUCCGAGUUCACUAGCUCCCUCUGUAAAGACCUCUACCUCUUCCCCAAGUACUACCCCAACAACUAGACACAUGCACACACUCCUCAUGCACAAAGCACACACACAACACACUGACCUUAGAACUGAUUUUGAUGCAGUAGCGGGAGCUCAGCACACGUGUGUGUUCAUCCAUCACCCGCUGUAAGCUCAGUAUACAAACACAGAGUCAUGUAAAUCUACAUCUUCCAUGUGUCAUCUAUUUCACAUUCCUCAGCGCAAUACAUUUGUACAUUAUUUAGCAUGGAUUUGCUAAGAUCAGCUUUUAGAGUUUUUUUUUUUUAUCAUAAGAACUUUGCCUUCUAUUGUGCACUUAAAAAUAUUAAGCAUUCAUUCUCCAUAUAUUUUUUCUUUUCUUUGCCUUGCUCUUUUCUU